UGUUGGCUGCGGCAACAGAGGUGAUCGAAACAGGGGGCCGAAGUCAUUUUACAGGCUGCCGGCGGUUAUAACACACCAGGGUGAAGCAACACAUGAACUUUCAAAGCGUCGACGGGAAAAAUGGCUCAAUAGGAUCGGACGGGAGGAUCUCAAACCAUCCAACCACAACUAUACUCGCGUUUGUGGGGAUCAUUUCACGUCAGGUAAAUCAGUGGCACUUUUUGACAAAAAUCAUCCUGACUGGUCUGUCAAAUUGGGACACGAGAAAAUUACAGCACCUUCCCCUGCUACACAUGCCAGGUAUAAACGCGCCAGAAAAAGGUCAUCCAUCGCACUACUUGAUCUCUGCAUGGUAUCUGAUAUACCAUCUCCAGAAGAGCCCGCACCAGUCCUGGGAGCCACUGGGGAAGAAGAAGGAGUGAUUGAACCAGAUACUGGCACUGCAACUCAGACUGAUUUGACUGGUGAAAUGAUUGACAAAAUGUCAUUUGAAAUGAAUAAUGUAACAAUAGAAAAUGUUAACUUAAAAGAAAAGCUUGUAAAGUCCACAAUUUCAGAGAGUACAUUUAAGGGCGAUGAUGACCGUGUUCUACACGGGACUUCCUACUUUUGCCAUUCUAAUGAUGGUAUACAAUCUUGUGGAACUGCACAUCAGUGUGAACGCUAACCCCCAAAACACACCAGGAGCGUCUGCGCCGCGUUACAUUGUGGCUGCGACCUCCUCCUGCGACAACACACACCAGACGCAUUUCAAAACGUUGCGGAAGCGGAGCGUCGUGUGUGCAGCCUCGCAGUUGUUGUUGAUUUUGGAAUAUUUCCUGGACAUUUGUACUUCUACAAUGCCUGUAAACCGGAGGAGAACGCUGGCAUGUAUUCUCCUACUUGAAAGACUACGGGGGGAUGGGGGGAGGAGAAGGAGCCGGUUAUGGAUGCACCCCCUCAACCAGCAAAGGAGACAACAAGGUGAUUUUCAUCACCUCGUGGCUGAGCUGAGGCUGGACAGCCAACGACAUCACCAAUAUUUUCGGAUGAGUGCAGAGCAGAUGGAUGAACUUCUGUCCCUCCUGGGCCCUGAACUGACCAGACAAUCCACAAAUUUCAGAGCUGCCAUAGAACCCAAGCAGAGACUGGCUGUUGCACUGAGAUACUUGGCUUCCGGGGACUCACUGGUCAGCCUAGCAUUCAGCUAUCGCCUAGGAUGCAGUACUGUGAGAGAAGCUAUCCAUAUGGUGUGUGCAGCCAUUGAAAAAAUUAUGAUGGAGAGGUUCCUACCCAGGCCAACAGAAGACACGUGGAAGGAGGUUGCACAAGGAUUCUGGGAAAAAUGGAAUUUCCCAAAUUGCUUGGGAGCAAUAGACGGAAAGCACAUCGUCAUCCAAGCACCACCACUGUCUGGGAGUCAGUACUUCAACAACAAGAAGACAUUUUCCAUAGUGCUUUUGGCACUUGUUGAUGCUGACUACAGGUUCCGAGUAAUUCAAGUGGGGGACUUCGGAAGAACAAGUGAUGGUGGGGUGUAUGCCGGAUCGGAUUUGGGGAAAGGACUGGAGGCCAGAACACUUCAUGUUCCAACCAGUACCUCUCUACCUGGUGCUGCUCACCUGGGUGAGAUGCCAUUCGUCAUGGUGGGUGACGCAGCUUUCCCACUCAAGCCAUACCUGAUGAGACCAUACCCUGGAAAGAACCUCACUCAACAAAAGAGGAUUUUAAAUUACAGACUUUCCAGAGCAAGGAUGGUGGUGGAAAAUGCUUUUGGCAUUCUGGCCUCCAGGUGGAGAAUCUUCCAUCGUCGCAUCAACCUGCACCCGAAAAACGUGGACAAGCUUGUGGUGGCUGCAUGCAUCCUUCACAACUUCCUGCUGGCCCCUAGUGAAAACCAGAGGUUGCUGGAUGAGGAAGAGCAGCAGGGAAGACACAUGGCACCAUUGAGAAACAUGGGAGGAAACAGGGCAUCAAGAGAGGCCUGUAAUGUGAGGAAGGCUUUCUGCACCUUCUUCAACUCUCCUGAGGUCAGUGUGUCUUGGCAGGACAGGAUGGUGUGAUUACUGGAACACACAAAAGAUACUAAAAUGAUUGAAAGAUGUGUUUUUUCAUUCCAGAGAAUUUAAAAAAGUUAGUUGUUGUACUCCCAAAGACAGGUUAUUGUUGCAUUUGGAAAAAACUGUUCUUUAUUUUUUCUAUCCUAUGUUAUUAUGUAUUUAUUUUAUAAUACAUUUCAU